AUGACGGCACUUCCGGCCCCGUUGCCCUCAGCGAAGAUGGCGGCAGUGGAGAAGCGGCGGUUGGCCAUGGCCCCGGCGGCCAAUUUCACAGACAGCAGCCGGCCAUCGGUGUCCGGGGCAGCGGCCACGACCGAAAGCGAGGAGGACUUCCUGCAGCAGGUCGGCGUGACAAAAAUGCUGCGCGGGGCCCUGUUGAAGGUGCUGGAGGCACGGCCCGAGGAACCGAUCUCCUUCCUGGCGCACUACUUCGAGAACAUGGGCCUAAGUACGCCUGCAAACGGCGGCGCCGGGGAGCCCCCGGGCCAGCUCCUGCUUCAGCAGCAGCGCCUGGGCCGCGCGCUGUGGCACCUUCGCCUGGCUCACCACUCCCAGAGGACAGCCUUCAACAACAAUGUCGGCGUGGCCUAUGAGUGCCUGAGCGCCAGUGGGCGCAAGAAGAAGCCGGGGCUGGAUGGGCGUACCUACAGUGAACUGCUCAAGCGCAUCUGCCGAGAUGGGGAGGCCCCUGAGGAGGUCGUAGCACCCUUGCUGCGCAAGAUCCAGUGCCGGGACCACGAGGCUGUACCACUGGAUGUCUUCCGCACUGGCAUGCUCACCUGCUUUGUGCUGCUGGAGUUCGUGGGGCGGGCUGGCGCCCUCUACCAACUGCUGGAGGACCCCGCCCUGGCCGUUGCUGACCGCCGCAUGAGCCAGGCGGUGCUGGACACCCUGGAGGGGGCCCUGCAGGCCAGCAGUGGCGCCUCCGCUCCCUCCCACUACCUGGAGGUUGGCUCACGCCUGGGGCCUGACAGCCUGGCGCAGGCCAUGGACCGUGCUCUGGUGGCCCGGCGGUCCAGCUCCCCCAUGACCCGAGAGGAGUUCCUGGAGAAGGCUGCUGCCCUCUUUAUCGCCAAAGUCAAGCCAGUGGGCUGAGCCCCUCCUCACCUGCCUCCUCCACCCAGACAGCUGGGAUGCUGUGAGGUCUGGCUCACCUGCUCCUGGGCAGAACAUGGGUAUGGGACCAGGGGACUGGGGUUUCUGCAUGCAGGGGGAGGUGCGGAGAGCCCUCACCCAGCUCCAGAUCUGGAAUGAUAUUCUAGUCCCCUUCAGGGGGUGGCCAAGGGUACUCUGAAGUGGACACCCCUCCCCACAUACCUGUAAAGGCCCCUCUGCUCAGCAACAGUAAUAAAAUCCGUAUCCAAAGCCGACCUGACGUGCGUGCUCCCCACACUCCAGCCCUGUGCCACAGAAAUGUUUCUCCCCCCAGCAGGCCCACCACUGCCCAGAGGCCAUAUUUGCCACCUGGAAAUGCCAGGGUGCCCCUGAACGCAGCUUUAUGGGAGCAGCGGGCAAUGGGGUUUUCAGUGAGGGGCCCUAGACCCAGGAGGCCCUGCCUCAGGGCUGAGGACCUGCAUGGCCAAUUAGUCCCCAGCCCUGCUCUCUACACAUGCCCCCCCCCCCAAGCAGUUCCUCCCUGAGCCUCAGUUUUCCCAGCUAUCAGAGGAAGAGUUCACAGCAGAUACUAAUGGCAAUGAUGACAGAAACAGCAUGUUUGAGACCUGUGAUGUCUUAUUUGACUCACCACAGCCCUAUGAGGAAGGUAAGUCACUGCCCUCAUUUGACAGAUGAGGAAACCCCACGGGAAAAUCGGGUGCUGUGGUCAGAAAACAGGAGGCAGAAACUCCAGACACCCGCCACUGCAGAUUUCAGAGCUUGAGCAGGCUUUCCUGAGGGACCAGGCCCCAUGGACCAACCCAGGGCAGGGGGCAGAGCCCAGCACCUUCCUUUACCUUGGCAGCACUUCCCAGUACAUAGGGAGAGACUUUGGGAAACCUCUCUGGAAAAAUCAUGAUUAAUCUAAUAACUAUUUAUUGACUAGCUGCCACAUGCCAACACCAUGACAUCAGUUUUAUGGGCAGACAAUGAGGGUAACACCUGGGCCAUUCAGCAAAGGCAACAGCCCAUUUGACAGAUGAGGGGCGCGGCCCAGGUCCCCAGGGUGCAGGGCACAGGCGAAGCCUAGAGCUUUAUGGUUGAGAAAGCCAAGGCCCAGCUCUGAGCAGCCAUUUGAGCUGCUGCUCUGCCGGGGCUCUGACUCUUCUGUCCUUCCCACUGUUGACAUUUUAUUUGCCUUUCCCAGAAGGUUGACCUGCCUGCCAGCUGGGGCAGGGCAGGGGGUCAGGUCCUGGGCAUCUGGGUGAG